AUGUCUAAACAAGAUACAUAAAAUUAAAAUUGUUAAAAAUUAGCAUAUAGAAUAUUAUCAUGUUCAAGUGAAGAACCUUCAAAUCCAGUAAUGGAAUUAUUAACAUAGUCCCCUUAAUCAAAAGGAUGGUAAUCUUCGCGUUUUUGUGAUUAUCCAUAAGAAAUAUUAUUCUAGUUUAUGUCUCCAGUACGUCUAAAAUAAUUGCAAUUCUUAUCACAUCAAAGCAAAAUAAGUUCAAGGAUAGAAAUAUACAUUUAUAUGCCUAAUUAAAAUGCACCAUUUAUAAAUACAGAUAUAAAAUAUAAAAAGUUAGGAUAUUUAUCAUUAGAUUCAAAUGAAAGAACAGGUUAUUAAUCAAGAGAAUUAAAAACUGUAUAUGUAGAUGCUCCUUGCUUAUAUUUAAAAUUAAUCUUUAAUAAAUAACAUAAUAACAAAUAUAAUAUGUUUAAUUAAGUUGGAAUAAUUGCACUUAGUGCCUUUGGUGAAUUAUUAACAAAUUAAUAAUAAAAUUCUACAAAUAAUAAAUAAUAAAAAUAAUAUUAUAAUUAAAUAUAACACUAAACAUAAUAUGAUGCUAUUACAUUAGAUAGACUUCGUACAUUAGAAACAGCUAAAGAAUAAGCUGUUUAAAAUGAAGAUUUUGAAGAAGCUAAACGCUUAAAAGACGCUAUUGAACGUUUAAAAUAAAUAGGAACAUAAUUAAGAUAAUUAGAUGAAAGAAAAUAAAUAGCCAUAUAGAAUGAAGAUUAUGAGAGUGCUAAAAUUAUAAAAGCUGAGAUUGAGCGAUUAAGAAAUGCUAUUGCACCAGAAUAUAUAUUGUAAAAACCUGGUCCAAUCAACUACCCUUAAACUAAUUAACAAUAAUAAUUUCAGAGGAGUUAUAUAUAAUUAUAGUAAUAACAAAUAUAAUAAUAAUAAUAAUAAUAAUAAUAAUAAUAAUAAAAAUAAUAAUAAUAAUAAUAAUAAAUAAUUAUUAGUCCUUUAUAAUAAUAAUAAUUUGAUCCAAUAUCAUAGCCAAGUUAAAAUAUAUAAUUUUAAUAAAAUAAAGAUGAAAUAUUUUUAUAAGAUAUUAAACAUAAAAAAACAUAGUUUUUACUCAAGAAAUUUAUUAAAAAGAUUAACAAGAUGAAGAAUCUCCAUAUCAAGAUUUAUUAAUAUAAAAAAGAAAAUAUUGAUAUUGAAUAAAACACAAAUCCUUAAUAAUAAUAAUAAUAACCUGAAAAGCUUACUAAUGAAGCCAGAAAACUUGCAGACCCUUUAAUAGGUGUUAUAGGAGAAGAUUAUGCUUCUAAGAUUUUCUCUAAAGUUUGGAAAUUAAGAGAAGAUGGAUUAUAAGAACUCAGAUAAGAGCUUUAGAAUCCUGAUAAACUUCUCUCAAAAGAUCCUUAAGAAAUAUUUACUGCUAUAUGUGGAGUUUGUAAUGCUACACUAGGUGAUAGAGUUGCUUAAGUAUUAUAAUCUUCAAUGAAUUUAUUCCAGGCAGCUUGUGAAUCUCAAAAUUCAAUACCUAAAUCGACAAAAGGGGAUAUAUAGUAAUAUUUAGAUGGAUGUGUAGGCUUAUUAAUAGAAUAAUUGGGUCAACAUAUUCCCAAAUUAAGCGAAAGUGCACAACAAUCACUUUUUGCUUUAGGAAAAGUUUCCAUCAUAGGAAAUGCUUUUGUGACAAACUGCAUAUGUAAAGGCACUGGUUUAAAAUAAAAGCUUUAAAAUUCAAUAAAACAUAUAUAAGGAAGAUUAGUUAUAUUGCAAGAAUUUGUAAAAAAAUACCAAAUAGGAAACAAAGAAGUCCCUUUAAACCCUGUCGUAGAGUUUAGUGUAAAAUAACUUUCGCAUCCAAAUUAAGAAGUAAGAAAUGCGAGUAUUUCAUUACUUGUAGAAAUCUAUAAAUGUGUCGGAGAGGCUAAAUUAAAUCCUUUUUUAGCUGAAGUUCCUUAAUAAUAAUUAGACUUGUUAUAAGAAGAAUUCUAAGGAGGAAAGAAAUAAGAAAAUAAAUAAUAAAAAGAACAUAAAGUUAUCGUUUCUACAAAUAUUUAGCAUUAGGGUCCUUCUGCCAAAAUUAAAGGAAAUAAAAAAAAUGAAACCUAAGGAAAUUUAAAUAAUAGUAAUGACAAAAAUAAAAAUACAAAUAAUAAUAAUAAUCUUACUAAUAGUAAUGAAGAUGACACAAAUAAAAUCUGUGAUUUUUGUGGUGUUUUUAAUAAACAAUUCAUUGAUACCAUCAAACUAGAUAUGCAUUAAUGGAAAGAAUGUCCUAUGCUUAUGGUCUGUAAAUAUUGCGCUUAAGUAGUAGAAAUUUCAUCUCUUGGAUCUCAUUUAUUAGAAGAAUGUUCUUAAAUGAGAAAAUUUAGAAAAUGUCCAAGGUGUAAAGAACCUGUUCAUGUAGAUGAAUAUAAUACACAUGUUGAUGAAAAAACUUGUUUACCUGCUAAAGGCAUCAAUGUUGCUAAUAGAUGUGUUUUAUGUCAUAGUGAUAUUCCACCAGGAUAGUAAGGAUGGAAAAUUCAUUUAACAGUUGAUGGCUGUCCUAAUAAUGAAAGAAGUGUUGGAUGA